GGUCUAGUUCAUCUGUAAUGUUGAGCUGAUGCAUUCAGCACAGAUUAUGAACACCAGAAGUUUUUUAUCUGUCUUUAGUAUAUGCAUAUGCCUGAAAUUUUGUUGUAAAGCGAUACAGAGACCUUCGCUAUCUAGAGUACUAUGGGGUCACGAAAAGAUAUACUCAAACCUAUGGGGUUUUAGAGACCUCUCUUGUGGCAGAGAUGAAUAUUUUCAGAAUUUUGCUGUCAUUAGCAGUUAAUUGUUGUUAGGAUGUACAGCAGUUCGAUGUUAAGAAUACAUCUUUACAUGGAGAACUAAAAGGAAAAAGUUAUAUGGAGGCCUCACCGAGAUAUAGAAAGGUUUUAGCUGCUAAUAUGGUGCGGAAAUCGAAGAAAAACUCAUGUGAACUCAAAUCAUUAUCUUGAGCCUGGUUUGGUAUGGGAUAUAAACAAAGCCAAGAAGAUCACACAUUGUUUGUUAAACACUCACCCUUAGCGAGAUUCACAACACUUUUAGUAUUUGUUGAUGAUAUAAUUGUGACUGAAAAUAAAGGUAAAAGAAAAAAAUACUUAAGUUAAUGUCUGACUAAAGAAUUUGAAAUUAAAACAUCGGCGAGGUGAAGAUACUUGCUUGGAAUAGAAGUAGCCCACUCAAAGAAAGGUAUGUUUAUCUUCCAACAAAAGUAUAUUUUCGAUCUUCUUAAAGAAAUAGACAAGACUGCAUCUAAUCUCAGCAAAUACCCCAAUAGAUUUAAAUCUCAAACUUGGUGAAGCAGAGAGGAGGAUGUUGUUGUAGACAGGGAGAUGUACCAACGUUUGGUCAGAAGAUUGAUUUAUUUGCCUCAUACAUGACCAAAAAUACCAUAUGCUAUUAACUGAUUUAUGUACAACCCGAAGGAAGUACUUUUACAUGCAGCUCACCAAGUGCUACAUUAUCUCAAAAGGGCACCAAGGAAAAGUAUUGUCUUAAAGAAAAAUGGAAGAUUGAUACCUGAAGUAUAUACAGAUAUCAAUUAAUCAGGGCCAAUCAUUGGCAAAAGAUCUACCUCGGGUUUUUGUUUUUUUCUAGAGUACCUCAAAUUAUGGGACAGUCCAAUGAGAUUUUGUUGUUUUAUAAGUCUGCAAUCAGUAUAGCACACAACGCAGUACAACACAAUCGAAGAAAACAUAUCGAGGUUGAUUAACAUUUCACUAAGGACAAACUACAUAGUGGCUUGAUUUGCACACCUUAUGUGUCUACAUGUGAUCAACUUGCAGACAUAUUAAGGGCUUUAGUACCCAGUCUUGUAUCCAAGCUGGAAUCAGAGAACAUCUGUUUUCACCAGCUUGAGGGGGGAGUGUUGGAAUGUACUACACUAUCUUUUAUCUUUAUUCUUGUUCAUCUCAAUCCGGCUCACUGUUGAAUCAAAUUGGUCCAAUAUUGAACCAGUCCAGUCCGGUGUGGUUCAUCUGUAAUGUGUCUGGUAUAAAUACCGAACCCUAGCAUCAAUUCAGUGUGAGAUUUCAUUCUCUCUCCACCUCUGUCCUUGUCCUCCUAGGGUUUUCUGCUCCCUAGACACAAGCCAAAAGGAGCACUGGUUGCUAGUUGAGUAGAAAGACAGAAGGAACUGAGAACUUGUGGUUUAACAUACAUGGACUCCAUUAUUAUUUGGUAAGAUGUCCAUUGUAUAGGCUUUAAGGGUUUCAAAUCGUUAGCAGGUAUAUUGUCCUGCAUUGAACCUCACAUUCAGUUAACUUAAAAUUGUAUCUCGAUAAUUUGAUUACUUAUUACAUUAACAUGGGCUUUUUAAUAUAAAAGAACUCCUGUUCAGUAUAGGAAAGGCCACAGAACCACAUUAACAUGGACUUUUUAUAUGACGUUCAAGUCCUUUUCUGGCAACGUGGAACCACCGUGGUCCUGUUAAGAACACCCUCCAGCCAGUGGUUAUGGACACUGAAGUAGAAUUAAUAAAAAACUCUCUUGCCUAUACAGUUAAAUGAUAUGUUACCUUGGAUCUUUUAAUCCAUGGGGUUGUAGUUCUGAAGGUUUUGGGAGACAUGAAGAUUGCCGAUAAAGUAAAUAUUACUAUGUACACCAGAGGGUAUUGUGAGCGUCUUGGCUGGGAAGUUCGGAUCUUACGCUGGUUAACAGAAACAGAGGCUACUGUACAUGCAGACCAACAGAAUACACAUAUAAAAAAGUACCUCACCCUUAAAGGAUUCUAUGUGAAAGAUUUUACUGCAUUUUAUUCGUACAAGUGGAAACCUGAUGGAAUGAUGUCAAGUUUUGUGCAUUGUCUCCUCUCUUGGAUGGAGGCAUGAAAAAUUGUUUCUAAAUUUUUGGUGCAGCAAGUGUCCCUUCUUGAGGGAAAUUUCAAAGUGCCUCUCUAUGCUCAUGUGUUAAGGAGGGGUUUGGCUUGUUUGGUUUGUUGCAGAAGUUUGUUUAAUGCUUAGAUUGCAUCAACUUUGGUCCUUCAGGGGUAGUCGCGCAUUUUCUUCUUGUUUCUGCCAGGAGUAGGCAAGGUUAUUGAGAGAUGAGGAAAGGGGUGAUUCUGCCAUUUUGAGAGACUUGGCCUUAAAAGGCAUUGCUCUUGUAUUUAGUCCACUGCUCUUUUUAAAGUGUUUUGUCGGACUAUGUGUUGCAUACAUGGUUGUAUAUCCCUAUUAUCUUUUGCAUUUAGUUUAUUUGUUGUCUGACGCUCAUCUGAAACGAACUUUGACCUGCCAGGAAGAGAAUAUUGACUGGCUUGCAUUUUGUGUUCUAUUGAAACAUCAAUUAAUAAAUGCAUUUUGCCGAUUUCUUUUAGGGCGUUUUUGGUGGCACAUUCUAUUGGUGACCUAAUCACAGGGGAUAUUGUUGAUCCUGAGGUGGUUUCAAGUUCAUCCCCAUCUGUUGGGGGGCUGCUUGAUUCACUCACUGGUACCAUUGGAAUAACUGGAUUAUCUGCUAGAGCAAAACCUGUUGCAGCACCUGUUGCUUCUACUGUUUCAGGCUCUUCUGCAACUGGUGUUGCGUCAUCGGAUGCUCCCAAAAGCUCACCAAGAUCUAUUGACAAAGAUGCAUUGCGAUCUUUUAUAAGCAACUCGAUGCCCUUUGGUUGGUACUCUUUGUUAUGGUAGUAUUUUCAUUUCUCUUUUGGUCCUCGUGUAUGUCAGAUUAUGCCAGGCAUGGCCUGCGGUUAAAUAUUUGUCUGGCUUUUCUUUUAAUUAUGCAGGCACACCUUUGGACCUCAACUAUUCAAACAUCGCUGCUAUUAGGGCCACUGGGUUUUCAUCUUUAGAUAUCCUACUUGCAGAUCUUAAGCAGCCAUCCUGGAAGCCAUAUUUGUACAAAGGAAAGCAACGAAUAUUGUUUACAUUUCACGAGAUAGUUCAUGCCGCUAUGUAUGACAGGGAUGAAAUUCCCGACAUUAUAUCGAUUUCAGGUCAAGUGAACUGCAGAGCAGAAUUAGAAGGACUGGCUGAUGUCUCUUUCCCUUUGGCAGGAUUGGAUACUCCUCGUGUUGAGGUCUUGUCUUUUCAUCCCUGUGCUCAGGUUCCAGAACAAGGCAUGGACAAGCAUGCAAUAAUGUUUACUCCACCUCUUGGAAAUUUUGUUUUGAUGCGUUAUCAGGCUUUCUGUGCCCUUGAUCCCCCAGUAAAAGGUUUCUAUCAGCUUUCCAUGGUUUCGGAAAAUGAAGGUGCCUUCUUGUUCAAGCUGCGAUUGAUGGAAGGCUAUAAAACUCCGUUAACUAUGGAGUACUGCACCGUUUCUCUUCCGUUUCCCCAGAGAAGAGUGAUGUUCUUUGAUGGAAAUCCUUCUAUCGGGACGGUUUCAACAACAGACCAUUCCGUUGAGUGGAAGAUCAUUACAACUGGACGGGGCAUCACUGGGAAAAGCAUUGAGGCUACUUUUCCUGGGACAAUAGGGUUUUCCCCAAUAUUAAGGCAAAUGCCAUCAUCAGCAUUUAGGCCACUAAAUGAGAGCCUAGUUGAAGAUGAUAGUGACUUAGAGCAAGAGAGCUCCAGUAACACAGUCAAUAUGGAAGAAUUCUUAAUGGAGAAAAUGAAAAGAGACAUCCUACCAGCGGAUUUGGAGGAACCAUUUUGCUGGCAGGCAUACAACUAUGCAAAAGUAAAUAUUUUCCUCCAUUAUGCAUAAAAUUCUUGACAAAAUUGGCAAUGAUGUCAUUAUUAUUUUGCUUCGUAUCCUCUACCUUACUCUCCACCCUGUUAUGCUCAUUUCACUAUGUCUUGAUCACGCUCAAUUUUCUUGUGUGACGCGCAUGUACAUCAACAUACUGUACUAUAAUUUAUGUUUCAGUGUCUCCUUGAUACUUUGUUCCUCGCUGUGUUCUAGAGAUGGAUCUUCUAGUCUGAUCAUAUUCGUAAUCCUCAGAAACCACACUCUAUGGUAUUUUGAAGUCCUAUUUUCUUUUACAAGUAUACCAUUUUCCUUACCUGUCGUUUUGUCAUGACAUACUUCAAGCUCACCUCUUGACUUCUGAAAUGAGAUGCUAACCGAAAGUUUUUGUUAGGCCCCUGGUCCAUAUUACAUAUUCCAGAAGGGGUAAUAGAGUAAAAUCCCACAUGUGAGGGUUUAAUAUGUAAAUUCCAUGAGGGAGGCCCUACAUGUAGAAGUGAGGGCUAUAUAAAGAAGGGUGUGGAGGGAAAAGGGAGAGGUUGUUUUUUGGGGAAACUUGGGAGAGCGGUUACCGUCACGAAUGGUUGCCAUACUGGUUCUCGGGUCCCAUCCGGGAUCUGAUUUCUUGAUUUUCUUGUUCUUUUGCAUACUGAAAUUCUACUAGAUCUACGUCUUGUUCCUCUCUCGGUGUUGGAGUCCUAUCAGUUUUUUUUUUAUCACCUUUGAGGAAAGCAUGUAAUGUAAGCCGGUCGGAUCGUUCAAUGACUGGAAUUCCUCCGAGAUAAUCUUCUCACUGGGGAAAUAACGAGAGGGAGAGACUAGAGAAAUAGAAAGGGAAACAUUUUUAUUUACUAUCUUGAUUUAAAAAAUUAAUCAAUCUUGACCAUCUCAUUUCGGUUUAUAAUUGAGACAUCUAUUCGUGUAAUCCAAAUCUAAUCUUUAGUAAAGUUUCAUUCUUACCCACUCAAUUUUCUUUGAUACAUUUUGAUUUUAUCAUAGGAACAUUGAAGGUGCUGGACUUUAUAAUUUUUAUGAGAAACGACCUGUAAUUAGCCUAAGGAAAAUCCUGACUUGAAGCUGCCUGAGGAAGCGUUAAUCUUUCUGGAGGGCAUUUAUCUCCUUACGUGGUUAUAUGUUUUAUGGUUCUUCAAAGAUUAGGAGUUCUAGUUUAUUUUGUUUAAUCUGGGAAUGAAUAGUGACAGCAUAUACCCUUUCAUUUUAGCUCAAUGUCUCUUCAAACAUGUAAUGAAUUCUUGAGGUCUAGCCUGUGCCGACUGCAACUUGCUAGCACACUGAUGGUGCCCAGUGCAGCUGAAGAUAAUUAGCAGUACCAUUGCGUACAAAACAGGUCGAAUUGUGAACUGCGCACUAGCUGUACUACAUUAGGCAUUCAGUGAUAAAUUAAUUAUUAUGUUCCAUCCUGAUUUAUGCUCAGACCUAGAAAUAAACUCUGGUUGGUGAAAAAUCAUAUAAUUGAAGAUCCUAUCCUUGUUUUAGAAAUUGUUCUGAAAGCCUGCAGAUUCAUCACCGUGAUCUACAUUCUUAACCCCUUGGAAGUAUGUCACUCCCCCCUGUUUUCCCUUUGUGCCCAACUAAACGGGGUUGUUUGCUGGAAUAUCUUUUACAGAUAUCUUUCAAGAUUCUUGGUGGAACGCUCUCAGGAAUGAUGAUGGAUCCAAAAUCUGUGAGUACUACCCAACCUAAGAUUGCCAUUUCUCUCUGUAGAUUGCUUUCACAAGGAAGCUCAGUAUUCCUUGUUGAUUCUCUCAUCUGCUAGUAAUUAUUCACAUUAUAGUGAGGGCAGAAUUAACAUCUUCUACUGGACUAGUUCAGCCAUGAGUCUGAUAAGAAAUGCUCUAAGUUUUUUCUAGUCGGAUAAGAUGUCAUUCAUAAGCUAGGAGUUGAAAUUUCGGUGCUAAACACGAAAAAAGCCAAUUUAAUUGUGCAAUCCAUAUGGUCUCCAUCCCAAGAUAUUGCCCCAGCCAGGUUCUCCCUUUGAUGAAUCACUAUGGCCGUUUGCACCAGAUUCCAAGUACCCGCUUCCAAAAGCGCAAAGUAUAACCUUUUUGGGGCAACCAACUGCAUAAAUAAUCUUGCUUGCCAUUUAACAAACUGGGAGAGAAGGAUCCCUUUGACUUUUUGGAAUGAACCUUAUGUCAAGGGGUUGACCUACACCUGACAAUCACCACCACCACAAGUGCAAAUCUUUUCUGAAAUGCAGACUUGAUGGCCUUGGCGCGGCUAAACCAGGGCCCAGGCUUCAGCAGCACCGCCCCAAUCUGAACCACCUGACGGCAAUCCUCUUAGAGCAUAAAUUUCUCUGAUUUUAUUGACGAUGGCUUGUGACUUUCAUGCAGGUGAGCAUCUACCCUGCCAUUAAAGCUCCAGUUGAGUACUCCAUGCAGGUACUUAUACAAAUCCCAAUGAACAUAAAAUCACGGCUCUUUUCCUCAUCAUGAAGAACACAUUUAGGGUUUUCAAUAGCUCAUCCGUGUUUCAGUUUCAGUCUUGAUGGUUAUUAUCGACUAUUAUUAUUAUUAUUAUUAUUAUUAUUAUUAUAAAAAAUAAUUAAUGGGACAUGAAGUCCGUGCACUAGUUGCUCAAUUAUGUUACGUUAUGUCAGACUGAAAUGGGGUUCAUCUAACAGGCUGUGUCUGGAGAUUACAUACUGUGGAAUACCCUGGGGCGAUGCCCCUCUGUGGCUUUGCCCAAAGUCUAG